AUGAGAAUUUCAUGCCAUUUGAGAGUUGGGAACUUGGUUUCAAAGCCACUCGAGUUGGAAGUUUCCAGGAUUGAAGAAACAAUUAAAAGUCUUGAUGAUGAGUACAUCCGUUCAUUGGUUGACUUAUUGGAGAUAGUCAAAGGUGACAAGAAGAAAGCGUGGGGAUCUAGGACUAUCAAAAUGAUUGAUUUAGGUUUUAUUAGAUGGUUGGCAUUGCCUUUAUAUGAAAUAGAUUUUAGAUGGGGGAAACCAUGUUUCAUGGGAAACGCAUCUAUGAGAAUUCCGGGUCAAGAUUUUGUGAUGCAUAGUGGUCCGCAGAACAGUGGAGGUAUCUCAAUUGCUAUUGCGUUUGAAAGCGCAGACAUGGCACGUUUCAAAGAGAUAUUUGUUAGUGCAACCGCACAAUAA